UUCUGGUAAAAGCAAGCGAUCGCUGGCUGGCUGACUGGCUUGUCAAUCACUGCGCUGAGCGCUAUACAGUAGUUGUUUUUUGACUCCGAGUCUUUCCUUGGGGCGCAGAUCUGAGGACGAAGAGGAGCAACGCGGGCCCACCGCUGUCUAGAGGCGCUACAUGGAGGACGAAGAUCCGCCGGAGCUCUACUGUGUCCUGCGCAACAGCCACGACGACGAGCGCUACCUGUGCUGCGCGGAACGGAGGGGCGACGACUUCAGGAUUUGUAUUACAGAUGGAGCCGAUGUGUGGACCACCAGCUUCAGCAAAGAGAAGCUGACCGAAGCGACUCGCUCACCCAGACUGUCCUCCGCCGAGGCCUGCUGCUCUCUCCUCAGGAGUGCCGUCCACAGCAGUGCAGCCCUCCUGACUGUGAAGGACGCGGAGGCCGUCUUGGAGCUCCAGGAUGAAGUGAGCUUUGACUUUACUCGACUGCCUCACUCGCAGGUGAAGCCCAAGCUGCAGGCUUUGUUAUUCGGGAUGGCCAAUAGGAUUGGCAGCCUGGAGCUACAAGUGGCAGAGAAGAAGGGCUCACCAGGGAGAGGGGGUGCCCUCACAAGCCCAGAGAAGAGUCUCCAGAGGAGCUGGAUGGCCGAGUUUGAGCCUAGGAAGCCAACAACUGGAGGAGGAGGAGGAAGCAGAGGUGGAGGUUUGUCAUUAGCUGCAGGCAAGAGCCGACGGCCAGGGGACUCUCUCAUCAACCCGGGCAGUAAGAGGAAGAAGGAAGCGACAGGAGUGGACUUUGAGGAUGAGGCCCACUGACUCUCCAGACUGCCCGUGAAGAGGUUUAAGGCUGUCGUGCUAACUUUGGACAAGAUGUGAUCUUCACGUCGGCAUCUCAGGAAGGCUCAGAUGAAUUUUUGUUUUUUUAAAUCACUCCAGUUGUUACUGUGUCACUACAAAAAAUAAAUGAAUAAAGUCCA